GACACAGAUAAUCAGCUAAGAGUAAACCACCAACACCAAGGUAAGCAUAUUAAAGAGAAUGGCUGGUAAACCAGGCAUCCUCACUGAAUCGCCAUGGAAGCAGAUUCAAGUACAUAGUAUUGGCACCAUGGGUUGUGGAUACCAUGUAUACUGCAUCGAAGAUGAUGAGCAAAUUAACAUCCACAAAAGAAGAGGAAGAACGCGGCAGCAACAACAACAGCAGGGACGAUGACAUGAGGAUAUACUUAAUCAUCUUGCCAUUGCUGUUGUGGAGGAUAAUUCAUGCCCAGAUUUGGACAAGCUAUGCUCGUUUUAGAACUGCCAAAGCCAAGAACAGAAUAGUUGACAAGCCCAUUGAAUUUGAACAAGUAGACAGAGAAAGUAACUGGGAUGACAACAUCAUAUUACUUGGAGUUAUAUUCUACUUGGGGUGUAAAUGGGUACCAGUUGUAGCUAAGGAGAACUCACCAAUGCCAUUUUGGAGAACAGAUGGUGUAAUCAUGACAAUCCUAAUUCAUAUCGGUCCAGUUGAAUUCUUAUACUAUUGGCUUCACAGGGCUUUACAUCAUCAUUUCCUUUACUCUCGCUACCAUUCUCAUCAUCACUCUUACAUUGCCACUGAACCUAUCACAUCUGUGAUACAUCCAUUUGGGGAGCUCGUCAGUUAUUUUGUACUCUUUUUUAUACCAAUCUUAACAGUGAUUUUCACUGGGACUGCAUCAAUAGUAGCUAUCGUUGGUUACAUCACUUACGUUGAUUUCAUGAACUACUUGGGUCACUGCAACUUCGAAUUGGUCCCCAGUUCUGUCUUCAGAUUCUUUCCUUUUCUCAAGUACCUCUUUUAUACACCAUCGUUUCAUUCCCUUCAUCACACUCGGUUCCGUACAAAUUACUCGUUAUUCAUGCCAAUCUAUGAUCACAUAUAUGGAACCAUGGAUUCGUCUAGUGAUGAAUUAUACAGAACCUCACUAAGAAGGAGUAAUGAACAAACAGAUGUUGUUCAUCUUACACAUCCAACAACCCUUGACUCAAUCUAUCAUCUACAUCCAGGACUCGCCUCCUUUGCAUCAAAGCCAUAUAAUCCCAGUACUACUACUGAAUGGUAUUUGAUUUUUGCAUGGCCAUUGACAUAUAUGUGGGCAUUCUUGUUUGGUUACAUCAGUUCUUUUGUUGUUGAGAGGAACAAUUUCGAUGGAAGACUAAACCUACAGACUUGGGUUGUACCAAAAUACACUUACCAAUACAAGUUAACCUCACAAAGAAAGAAGAUCAAUGAGUUGCUUGAAAAAGCCAUACUAGAAGCUGAAAAGGCUGGUGUUAAAGUCAUAAGCUUAGGUCUCUUGAAUCAGGAUGAAGAACUGAACAAGAAUGGUGAGAUCUAUAUAGCAAAACACCCAAAUUUGAAGAUUAGAGUUGUGGACGGAAGUAGCUUAACUGUUGCUCUGGUGGUCAACAACAUCACCAACAUCAUCCCUGAAGGAGCCAAACAAGUGACAAUGAGAGGAAAAUUCACAAAAGUAGCAUAUACAAUUGCCUUGCUUUUGUGCCAAAGGGGUUAUCAAGUAAUUGUUCCAAGUAAGGAUGAAUUUGAAAAGCUCAAAUGGAAACUGAAAACCAUGAUAAUGGACACAGCAUCGUUAACACCAGAUAUAAGUAGUAAUUCAAUCCUUUCGACGACCAUAACUCAUGCUCAUAAUCAGGUUUGGUUGGUGGGUGACGGAUUUAGCGACCAAAAUCAGAGAGAUGCAUCGGCAGGGACGUUUUUCAUCCCAUUUUCGCAAAUCCCACCGUGGAUUGGGAACUUUAAGAAUAUGCGUAAAGAUUGCGUCUACUUUAAUUCACCUGCAAUGACAGUUCCACCCGCAGUAGAAAACAUUCACUCUUGCGAGGACUGGCUGCCGAGAAGGAUUAUGAGCACAGCGCGAGUAGCUGGAAUAGUUCAUGCACUGGAAAAUUGGAACUCGCAUGAAUGUGGCAGCAAUUCGCCAAUUACACUGGAAGAUGUCGAGAAAGUAUUGACUGCAAGUUUGCGACAUGGAUUCUGCAUCCCCUACUUGAUCGAUCAAGAUAUAUCUCAAUCUAUGCCAUCCGAGCACACAAAGUAAUUAGUGAUGUGAUAUAAAAAAUGAUAUAUGAACGAUUAAAUAACAGCAGCAUUUUGAUAGCAAUCAAAUGUAUGCUGGGUUUAGAUUAAUAGCAGAGAGUAUGUGAGUGUAUGUUAGUGUGCAGUGUGUGUGUCAUGAGCACGUGUGAGAGUAAUGUCGAGAGAAGAGAGGUGAUGAGUAUAUAAACUCAGCGUGUCAUGUAAUGUCAAGAACAAUGAAUGAUCUUGACAAGACUAUGAAGAGAUAUCGAGAUACAGGAAAGGACACAGAUAACAUAAACGCUUCUAUACUCAAAG